AUGAACCUCUCCUUGCCGUCGUUUUCCUUUCCCAAGGCCCCACGAUUUCAAUCUCUUUCGCCAUCGCUUCCCCAGCUCGUCGCCUUCAAGACCUCCUUCCGAUGCCUUCGCGACCCCAGCCCGUCGCCUUCGCUCCGCCCGUUGCCCUCGCUUUCCACGCCUGUCGCCUUCUCUUCCCCUCCCCCGUCGCCUUCUCUUUCCCCCGACCCUGUCGCGCUCAAUUCCCCCUCCCGUCGCUUUUCCCGCCCGUCGCCUUCGCUUCUCCCGAACGGCGCCUUCCGUUCCCCCGCCCGUCGCACUCGCUUCCCCCGCCCGUCGCUCUCGCUUCCCCCGCUCGUCGCACACCGCGCCAGUCGCACACGCUUCCCGCCCGUCGCACUCGCUUCCCGCCAGUCGCACUCACUUCCCGCCCGUCGCCUUCACUACCCCUCCCAUUGCCGUUCACUCUCUCCAGCUCACGCUCUGCCCUCCACUCACUCUCUUCCCCACCCUUCACUCUCUUCUCUCAUGUACACUCCCUUUCCCCCUGUUCUCACUCCUCUCUUUCCCCCUCGCCUCACUCUCUACCCCCCUGCUCAAUCCCUUCCCCCCUCGAUCUCUUUCCCCUACUCACGAUCUACCCCCCUGCUCAAUCCCUUCCCCCCUCGAUCUCUUUCCCCUACUCACGAUCUACCCCCCUGCUCAAUCCCUUCCCCCCUCGAUCUCUUUCCCCUACUCACGAUCUACCCCCCUGCUCAAUCCCUCCCCCCCUCAAUCUCUUUCCGCUGCUCACUCUCUCACUCUCUCCCCCUCUGCUCACUCUGCGCCCCUGCUCACUCUCUUCCCCCCUGCUCACUCCCUCCCCCCCUGCUCACUCUUUCCCUUCCUGCUCACUCUUUCCCCCUCUGCUCACUCUCUCCCCCUGGACUCACCCGCCUUUCCUCCCUGUUUACUCUCGAUUCCCCUUCGUUUAACCUUUUUUCCCCACACUACUCUUAUUUCCCCUGUUCAGACCCCUCGGUUUCCCCUGCUUACUGGCUUUCCCCCCUGCUCACCCCCUUCUCCCCCCUGCUCACUCUCUUUCCCCUUUUGCUCACCCCUCUGCCCCGUCCACAUCCAACCCUCGCUUAUCUGCCAUACCCCCUCUUCCCUUCCCGUUCUAUCACGGAACCAUGCUUGAACAGGUUACAGGUGCCCAGCACCAUGAGUCCCAACAGGAAUGUGAUGAAUGUGUUCCUGUAG